AUGGCCGAGGCCGCGGAGCCGGAGGGGGGUGCCCCGGGUCCUCAGGGGCCGCCGGAGCUCCCCGCGCCUCUGGCUGAGAGACCCGGAGAGCCGGGAUCCGCCGGCGGGGAGGCAGUGGGGCCGGAGGGGAGCGAGGGCGCAGAGGAGGCGCCAGGGGGCGCGGCCGCGGUGAAGGAGGUGGGAGGCGGCGGGCCGGACAGGGGCCCGGAGGCCGAGGCGCGGGGCACGACGGGGGCGCACGGUGAGGCGGAGGCCGAGGAGGGAGCCCCGGAGGUUGCCCAGGUGCCCCAGGGAGGGGAGGAGACAAGCGGCGCGCAGCAGGUGGAGGGGACGAGCCCGGGGCGCUGCGCGCAGGGCGAGCCCCGCGGGGAGGCUCCGAGGGAGCCGGAGGACUCUGCGGCCCCUGAGAGACAGGAGGAGGCGGAGCAGAGACCUGAGGUCCCGGAAAGCAGCGCGCCCGGGGCGGCGAGGGACAGCGUAGACGCGGAGGGCCCGGCGGGGGACAACAUAGAAGCCGAGGGCCGGGUGGGGGACAGCGCAGAAGCGGAGUGCCCGGCGGGGGACAGUGUAGAAGUGGAGGACCCGGCGGGGGACAGCGUAGACGCGGAGGGCCGGGUGGGGGACAGCGUAGACGCGAAGGGUCCGGCGGGGGACAGCGUAGAAGCGGGGGACCCUGCGGGGGACAAGGAAGAAGCCGAGUGCCCGGCGGGCGACAGCAUGGACGCCGAGGGUCCGGCAGGAGGGACGCGCCAGGUCUUGGGUGAGCCGCAGGAAGGAGGGGACCGUAGCCUCCCGCCCCAGGCCGAGGCAAUUGAGGUCGCUGCCGGGGAGAGCGCGGGGCGCAGCCCUGGUGAACUCGCCUGGGACGCAGCGGAGGAGACGGAGGUCCCGGGGGGAAAGGGGUCCGAGGAAGCGGCCCCCGGGGACGCGAGGGCAGACGCUGUCGAGGACGGGGUAGGGGAUGGGCCCCAGCAGGAGUCAGGGGAGGAAGAGGAGAGGCGAGAGCAGAGCCCGGAGGGGCCAAGUGAGGAGGCCGCAGCUGGGGGCGAGGAGGAAUUCCCCGACAGCAGCCCACGUGAGGAGGCCUCCAGGUGCGCCGCGGAGCCUGAAGCCCAGCUCAGCAACCACCUGGCCGAGGAGGGUCCCGCCGAGGCUGGCGACGAGGCCGCGCGCAUGAACGGCCGCCGGGAGGACGGAGAGGCGUCCGAGGAGCGGGCCCUGGGGCAGGAGCACGACAUUACCCUCUUCGUCAAGGUAAAACUUAUUGCGUUAAGCUGUUUGCGCAUUGCUGUAAAGAAAUACACCCGCGCUGGUUAUGAUGGUGAGAGUAUCGGAAAUUGCCCAUUUUCUCAGCGUCUCUUCAUGAUUCUCUGGCUGAAAGGCGUUAUAUUUAACGUGACCACAGUGGACCUGAAAAGGAAACCCGCAGACCUGCAGAACCUGGCUCCCGGAACAAACCCUCCUUUUAUGACUUUUGAUGGUGACGUCAAGACGGAUGUGAAUAAGAUCGAGGAGUUCCUAGAGGAGAAAUUAGCUCCCCCGAGGUAUCCCAAGCUGGGGACCCAGCAUCCCGAGUCUAAUUCGGCCGGAAACGACGUGUUCGCCAAAUUCUCAGCGUUUAUAAAAAACACAAAGAAGGAUGCAAAUGAGAUUUAUGAAAAGAACCUGCUGAAGGCCCUGAGGAAACUGGAUAAUUACUUAAAUAGCCCUCUGCCUGAUGAAAUAGAUGCCUACAGCACGGAGGAUGCCGCUGUUUCUGGAAGGAAGUUUCUGGAUGGGGACGAGCUGACGCUGGCUGACUGCAACCUCUUACCCAAGCUCCAUAUUAUUAAGAUUGUGGCCAAGAAGUACAGAGAUUUUGAAUUUCCUUCUGAAAUGACUGGCAUCUGGAGAUACUUGAAUAAUGCUUAUGCUAGAGAUGAGUUCACAAAUACGUGUCCAGCUGAUCAAGAGAUUGAACACGCAUAUUCGGAUGUUGCAAAAAGAAUGAAAUGAA